AUGACUAUGGUUCUAUUUCUAAGAAAAGUAGCCCAUAUUUCGCGAUUUUAUGGUUACUCCUGUAUUAGCAUACGCAGUUGCUCUUCCGCAAGUCAUAUAAACAUUCCAACUCCAAGGACUAAGAUGUUUCAUUUUGACGAACCAUUCCAAAUAACCUCAGUUCUCGGCAAAUUUGUCACGUAUUCCGAAAAGGACUAUUCACACUUUAUGGAACCGUUUUUGAAGGCUGAAUUAACCGAAGAACUGAAAGCUUUUAAUGAUCUCUCGUUAAUGCUGCGGAAACCUGCACUGGACAUGAUGAAAGAUCUAAUCAGUAUUCGAAAUCUGCAAAAGGAGAGUUUUAAUAAUGAAAGUGCAUCUUCUGAAUCCGUUUUAUUAUCAAAGCGUUCCGUUCCACGAUUUGUUCUCUAUGGCCAACCUGGAACAGGUAUCUCCACAGCUUUGGCACAAAUUACCUGCUUUACUGGCAAUAGCAAAUGGCUUAUAUUUCCUUUUACUAGUUGUGAAAAUUUCCUGGAGCCAUCACACGAUUUAUCUUCCAGCAAUGAAUAUCACCAUAGUCAGCAUUGUCAAGAAUUUUCAGGAGAUGCUUUUGAUUUUCCAGCACGUUCUGGUGAAUGGCUUAAAGCUUUCUUAAAGAUCAACCAAACAUUACUUGAAGAGGUAAAACCAGUCAUAUCUCGAAAAGUAGAAUGGACUAAAAAAGAUGUAAUGUGUGAAGGAACGUCUUGGAUAGACUUGAUCAAUUUUGGUGUUGCUAGGGUCAAGUAUGCAACAGAUUGUAUCGGGAUUUUAUUAAGAGAGAUGCGUUCUCUUUCAUCAACAUCUGAUGGCCCACCUUGUUUGCUUGUCAUUGAUGGAGUGAAUUUUAUGUGGUGUCGAGGAACUCUGUUGCACGAUAAAACUCUUUGUAAGCGGAUUACCACAGAUCGUUUAGCUAUUGUGCACCAUUUAAAACGUGCACUGAAAGGAGAUUGGCGUCAUGGUGCUAUAGUCACGUCAACUAAUAUCCGUGCAUCCUGGCCUACAGACAGAGAACAGUACACUCCUGGUUACCUAUUGGGAAAAUCUGGAUUUGAAUGUAUGGAUCCGUUUGUUCCUGUUCUUGUUGAAAAUUACACUCCAUCAGAAAUUGAUGCAAUGCUGAGAUUUUAUGCAGAAAAUCAAUGGCUAACAAAUCCUGCUGUUUUUACACCAAAUGGCCGAGCUGAAUUAAUCUUUCUGUCUGAUCAUAAUCCACUAGAGCUUAGUCGUAUAUCGAUUUACAAAGUUUUAAGUUAUAAAACCCCCACCAGUGGAUAUCAUUAUUUCUCUAGGCUUAUCACAUCUGCAAUUAAAUGUCAACAGUUUCCAAUGAGUACCAAUUCAGUUAAAGAGCAUCAUAAACUAGCUGUAGAAAGAUUACAUAACUGGUUAUCUAACAAUGAUCUACCAUUGAAGUCGAAUUGCAAAAGUACAUCAGAUGAAUGUUUCACUUAUGAAUACACUUGCUAUGAUCCUUCGACACAACUACCUUUAGUACGCUACCAUCCAACUACUAGUUCACAACUGGAUGAGAUGGCGGUUAAUGCGUGUAAAGCUCAAAAACAAUGGGUUGAUCUGCCACUUUUAGAACGUGCAAAGCGUCUACGGAAAGUGGGUGAUCUUAUUCGUAAUGAAGCAAGUUGGCUUUCCGAAUUAGAAACACUGGAUACUGCUAAACCCCUUUGGGAGGCUCGGGCAGAUAUCGAAGCAUGUGCUGAUUCAUUUGAAUUAUUUGCUGGCUUCAUUCCAAAUUUUACUGGUGUUCAUGUUCCUGUUCCACCAAAUCCUGGCAGUUUCUACUAUACUAGAAGAGAACCGUUCGGACUUUGUGCUGGCAUUGGUGCAUGGAAUUUUCCUUUCCAGAUGGCUGUAUGGAAAUCUGUUCCUGCCUUGGCAGCUGGAAAUGCAUUCAUUUUUAAACCAUCCAAUUUAACUCCAUUGACAGCUGUUCGUCUAUAUGAGUUGUAUAAAAUGGCUGGAUGCCCCGAAAAUCUGUUUCAAGUUGUCCUUGGAGGUGCUGAACUUGGACAAACGCUUAUCAAUCACCAUUUGGUUUCAAAAGUAUCUUUUACAGUUCAGUGUAACAGAUGAUUUCAGUACCUUCAUUCUUUCUUCACAACAUUUAUUGAUGGCUUUCCCUACGAAUGACGAAAUCGUAUCCAUUCAUCUCUUACUCACAGUACACACAUAUGCGUCCCAGACUUGAUGCAUUGUGUGCAAAAGACGAUGAAUAAUUGAGCUAUUGAUACUCCUUGAUCUCCUCAGGCCAUGUUUUGCAUAAACCACCAUACGUAGUCUUUACAUUAACAGGUGAAUACUAUUAAUUCAUUUCAUCUUUAUAAGCAGGAAACGUUGCGAUUCAAAGGUUCACCUUGUAUAUACUUAAAUCACUGAUUUUCUAGUUAAAAUAUAAGUGUUUCAUUUUUUCCCCAUUAAAUCUAGUCAUGUUUAAAAACUUUUUUAGGUAGUACUGCAGCUGGUCGUUGUAUUCUUCAAGCUACUGCAAAUCGAAUUGUACCAAGCACAGUUGAACUUGGUGGCAAAUCACCUUUGAUUAUAAUGCCAGAUGCUAAUUUAGAUGAAGCUGUUAAAGGCGCUUUAAUGGCUAAUUUUUAUAGUCAAGGACAAGUGUGUUCAAAUGCUGCUCGUGUCUUUGUUCAUCAGUCAAUUAUGGCAUCAUUUACACAAAAACUUGAAGCAUCAGUUAAGAAUAUGUUGGUUGGUGAUCCAUUUGAUCCAUCCACUGCAAUGGGUGCUUUGAUUAGUCCACAGCAUAGAGAAUCAGUACACAAUUAUAUACAAUCAGCUGUUUCUGAAGGAGCCAGUCUUUUAAUUGGCGGUGAAAAGCCAAAAUUCGAUGGUGAUAAUAACGAUUUAAAUGGUGGUAAUUAUAUGACACCAUGUAUCCUUACUAAUUGUCAUGAUGAUAUGAAAGCUGUAAAAGAAGAAAUAUUUGGUCCAGUAAUAACAUUGUUAUCAUUUGAUACAGAGAAUGAAGUGAUAGAACGUGCAAAUAAAAGUGAAUUUGGUUUGGCUGGUGGUGUAUUCACACAAAAUUUAACCACUGCACAUCGUAUAGCAUCACAAUUACAAACUGGUUCAGUGUAUAUUAACAGUUUUAAUGUUUAUCCACCAGGUAUUCCAUUUGGUGGUUAUAAAGCAUCUGGAUUUGGUCGAGAAAAUUCCUAUGACACAUUACUCGCUUAUAGUCAGCUGAAAUCAGUAUAUGUUGAGGGGGGAACACUACCUGAGCCAUUUCCUUUAACGGUUAAAUAAAUAAACAAAGCGUGAUAUCAAAUGUAUGCAUCGAUGUAUAUAUUAUUUACACAUUGUUGACUUCAGAUUCUAGUCAUUAUUUCUUUUUUUGUUUUGUUUAAUAACAUCCUAUUAUUUCAGUUGAUUUCAAAUUUUUAAAAAACGCAUAAUAUUAUUUUACACAAAGGUUGUGUAACCGUUUUCCUUAAUAAUUUAUAAGUAAUUCUCACGUAUUAAUGAGAUGUAGACAUGCGCUCUUGCAAAAUUGUGAGAUCUUACUUUCCAAUACACUUAGUAUGGCC